AUUCUUGUGAGGAAAUUGCAGUGAGAGCAGAAGUGUCGCAACCACCUGUUACGGAAACGCCCUCAUUUAAAAAGCACACAGGAAGUAUCGCACAGUCACAUUUCUAAAAACACGAGUAGCACAAUUUGCUGAGAGGAGAGUGAUGGGAAAGAUGCAUGGGCAGCGUCACAUCUUCCUGCUCACCUUCAUGGUGGCUGUUGCCAUCCCGGUAUCUUUGGCUUUCAACAUUGAUAUCACAAAUCCUGACGUCUACACUGGUGAACAAAAGGAUUUCUUUGGAUACAAAGUGCUUCAAUUCAUGAAUGGCAUGAACAAAGGAAUCAUUGUAACUGCACCACUGCAGCUAAAUGGAUCUGGGGGAAUAUGCAAACCGGACCAAAACCAAACCACCAAGUGCUUCAACCCUGAAGAUUUUUCUCCAACAGACACAAAAAUACCAGUCAAGCAUUUGGGCCUGUCAAUAGCUGAGGACUCCAAGCGCUCCCAAUUUACUGUUUGCAGUCCAAGUGUAGUCCGUGAAUGUUAUGGGAACUCCUAUAUGAACAGCGUGUGCUACAAUAUCACAGAUCAUCUUGAGCCAAUUUCCAAUUUUACAUCGGCUUUCCAAGAAUGUGAAAAAAAGACAGUGGACCUCGUCUUUCUAUUUGAUGGAUCAGCGAGUAUGGGCGAAGGAGACUUCAAGAAAAACAAAGAUUUUAUAGUGGAUAUUAUCCAAGAACUCCUUAAGAACUCAUCAAUCAAGUUUGCAGCAGUUCAGUUCUCUUCAGAUUACAGGAAAGUGUUUGACUUCAAUGAAUAUCAACGGGGAGAAUAUUUAACAAAACUUGAGAAAGAAGGACAUAUGAACACUCUCACCAACACACACAAAGCCCUCACAUUUGUGUUUAAAGAAAUCUUUAAGAACCCAGACGCAGGUGCCUCCGCUGAUGCGACUAAAGUUCUGGUACUAAUCACAGAUGGAGUUCCCAGUGAUUCAGACUAUAAUAAUACUGUCAAAAAAUAUGAUGACGCCAACAUUAUUCGCUUUGUCAUUGGGGUAGGGAAUAUGGCAAACCUGACUAAAUUUAAGGGUAUUGCUUCAGAACCGAUUGGAAAAUAUGCCUUCAAAAUUGACAACUAUGAUGGACUAACAGGAAUACUGAUAAACUUUCAAAAAAAGAUCUUUACAAUGGAAGGCUCCAAAGUGGCUCGGGCAGGAGAAAUGACUAAUGAAAUGUCUCAGAGUGGAUUCAGUGCUGUCUUCUACAAAGAUAACUUGAUUCUGGGUUCAGUGGGAUCAAACAGCUGGCGUGGGUCUCUCCAAGAACUUAACGGAGAAAAAGAAACACAAAUUGAAGAUCCUGACAUGCCAAUGGACUCCUACAUGGGGUACUCAACUGCUGUUGGAGAGAAGGAUCACGCUCCUUUAUAUUUCACGGGUGCACCGAGAUUUGAGCACAUAGGACAGGUCGUACUUUUCACACAUGAUGGCACAAACUGGACCACAACCCAAAGAAUAAAUGGGGAACAGAUCGGGUCCUACUUUGGUGCAGAGUUGUGCUCGGUAGAUGUCAACUCAGACGGUAACACUGAUUUCCUGCUGGUAGGAGCUCCACUGUUUUACCAGCCUCAGGAGAAGAAAGAAGGCCAGAUCCACAUCUACACACUGACUGAUGAGAUGAAACUGGAAAGCAAACUGACUGUGACUGCACCAUCCAUGGGGAGAUUUGGCACCACCAUAUCCAGUCUUGCAGAUCUGAAUGGAGAUGGACUCCGAGACGUUGCUGUUGGAGCCCCCCUUCAGGAUUUUAACAGGGGGGCGGUCUACAUCUACCUUGGUGACAGACACAGAGGGAUACGCAGCACUUUCAGCCAGAGAAUCAUGGGAGAGAAAAUAAAGCCUGGGCUGAGAUUCUUUGGACAGUCCAUUGCUGGGAACAUUGAUCUUGGGAAGGACGGACUCCCAGAUAUUGUGGUUGGUUCACAGGGCACUGCUGUUGUUUUAAGGUCCAGGCCCAUUUUUAAUAUCACAACACGUCUCUCUUUUGAACCAAACGAGAUAAGCACUGAGAAAAUUGACUGCCUUGAUAACACUGAUGCAAAUUUACCCAUGGUUACCUUACAAGCCUGCUUUGAAAUAGCAGAAACAACAAAGAGCAAAGCAGCGGCAAUGGACCUAGGACUGAACAUCUCGUACACACUCGAAGUGGAUGCCAACAGACAAACCAAUCGAGGUUUCUUCAGUCAAACUGCCAAGAAAGCAAGGAAUCUCACCUCUACCUACGAGCUGAGGGAUCCAGACACCUGCUUCAACUACACCAUCUACAUGCCAAAAUGUGUGAAAGACACAUUAUUGCCCAUCAUCAUCAAACUAAACUUUUCCCAAGUUGACAGUGAGAGCGCAAGUGCUGUCCUAAACAUGGACAGCAAAACGCAGGCUGUUGUUCAGGUUCCCUUUGAAAAGCAAUGUAGAAAAAAUGACAUCUGUAUUGCUGAACUUGAGGUGGAUUUCAACUUCAUGACCCCAACAUUAUUAGUGGCUGAAAAUAAGUACUUCAACGUCUCUGUAACACUGUCCAAUUAUGGAGAUGACUCAUACUACACCAGCCUAAUAAUGCACUAUCCUCCAGGCCUCUCCUUCUCCAGGAUGACUCUUACAAAGGCAACGAGACCAACGCUCCACAGCUGUGAAGAUCUACAUGGAGAACGCGAGAAAACCAUAUGUAAUGUCAGCCCUCCUGUGUUUCGUAGCAAAUCAUCUGCAACAUUUAGAAUUUCUUUCCACAUCUUGAAGGAUUAUGAGUGGAAUGACACAAUGUUGAUGACCAUUACUGGAAAAAGUGACAAUGCAAACAGGACCAUUUCCCAGACCAAAAACAUCCCAGUGCAAUUUGAAAUCAAAAUGGCAGUAGCUGUGAAAGAAGAUCUUGUCACUUAUCUGAACUUCACACCAGAGGAUGCUGGACCAAAACAAAUGGUUGCUAUAUAUAAGAUAGAUAAUCUUGGUUUCAAGGACUUUCCUGUCAAUGUGUCCCUGUUCUUCCCAACAAAACUGGAACAUAACUUUGAAAUGACAAACUAUCAAGUCUUUGUUCAGCAGAAUAAAACUCAAUGCACAGGCGUUACCAUCAUGACAUCUGAUUACUGCUUGCCAGAAAAAAAUUGCAAAUUCAUAGUGUGUGACAGUUUCACCCUGAAAAGAGAAUCCCCCAUUGAGAUCACACUGUCAGGAGACGUACACUUUAAGGAUCUAAAAAAGCAUGCAAUGAAUAUUGGUUUUCUUAAAAAAUAUACUGGAGACACCGCAGAGGUUAAAUUUAAAAGUUUUAUAUAUGUCAACUAUGACAAGCAACGCUAUGUGCUGAAUUCUUACAAACAAGAGCCACAAGAUAAUUUUGGUUUUACACAGAAGACAUCUGGACACAUUCCAACAGAGAAAAUGACCGAAGUUCGUGUUGAGUUCACAAUCCCCCCAGAUAAAGUGGUGAUCAUUGCAACUGGAGUUGCCAUGGGACUCUUGCUUCUGCUCAUAAUCACUGUCAUCAUGUUUAAGUUGGGUUGCUUUAAGAGGAAAACGCUUGAGUACUGUGAAGGACAGGAAGAAGAAACUGCUCCUCAGGAUGGCAUCCCUGCUAAGUCCACCACUGGCACCACCGUGGGGAUAUGCAGCCAUUCUGAGACUGACAGUAAAUCUGACCAACCUUCAGAGCACCAAAGCCUCUUAGAUGAUGGUGAGGCCAACUGCAGCACUUCAUCAGUUCAGUCGAAGGAGGAACUGGAAUAACCGUUGACAUUUUGUCAAAUAUGCUCAUUCACUUUUUUGCUGAGAGUUAGAUGAGAAGAAUGAUGCCACUCAUGCCCAUCUGUUAAAUAUGAAGCUGGUGUCAGGAGAUGUUAGCUUAGCAUAAAGACUACAAACAAUGAGCCUUGCUCUCUCUGAAGAGAACAAGCCCCACCUACCAGACCCUUUAAAGCUCACUGAUUAACAUGUUUUAUACUGCUUGUCAAAGCCAUACGAAAACCAAAGUGUAAAAAUAACAAGUCUUUGUUUUACGGAGUGUUACGUGUCAUUUCUUUAACCUUUGGACAGAGCCAGGCUAGCUGUUUCCCUUCUUCUUACAGUCUUUAUGCUAAGCUAAACCAACUGUAGCUCCAGACUCAUAUAAAAACAACAGGAAGUGGUGGUUUGACAAAGAAAAAUACUUAACUCAACGUCCACUAUUAAAUGAGCUUUUAUAUUAAAUUUACAUGCUGAUGCUUUAGGAUAUUUUUAAUGUGUGUAAUGUUAUGUGUUACAAUGUACAAUGUAAAUGUAAUGUAAGUUCCAAAGGUGCAACACUCUCCCUCCACCCUGGUUUAAUGCCUGGUAGUGUUACAGCUGGCUUACUGUCAAAGCACACAUCUCCUACUCUUAUUCAUUAGUAUUAUUAAUACAUGUAUUAUUUGCAUUUUUAUAUCCUGUAACUGUACAGGAGCAUGGUAUUUAUUAAGUGGAUGUGAUUUGAUCUUGUAUUAUAGCUGACUGCUUUUUAACUUUUGUAUUAUGAUCAUUUGGUGGUACGUUUGAUGCAACAUUUUCUUUGUAAGCAGAAUUUUGGGAAUUUUUUAAAGAUUGUUAUUUUUGGGGGGAAAUUGUUGGCCUUUUACUUAAUAGGACAGGAAAGGGGAAAGAGAAGGGGGGAUGACAUGCAACAAAGGGUUGCGAGCAGGUUGGAAAUCAACCCUGGGCCAAUGUGGUAAGGACUGACUCUCAGUGUGGGAGGAACAAUAACAAAUUGUCACCUUAUCAUUAGACCACUGCCCUUCUAAUAUUUUAGCCUCAUUUAGUUUUUGUAAUCAUAUUAUUCUGUUUUACUUGUGGCCACAUGGCACAUAAUGCUGUCAACCCUAACCCUGUGUCAGUGCUAUUAUGGUUACAUUCAAGACAUACACAUACUUGACGGGUGGAUUCGUCUAUUAGUGACUAAACACAAUUUUACAUUUCAGCCCAGAGG